AUGCCCAAGAACGCCUCCCGCAUGACUCCGGAUAGUGGCACCCCCGGGCCCUCCAACGGCGUGAGGAGAAAAUCCGAGGAGGAGGAUGUGCGCCUUAGCAAAAAGCCGCGCACUCGGGUUAGGUCGGUCCUUGCUCGCGUCGGAGUGCGACAGGCAGAUUCCUUGUUCGCAUCCCGCAAGGUCCCAGAACUAUGCAAGGCAUAUACCCCGGGCAAGACCGAUCAGGACAUCCAUGUCCGUCUGGCCCGCCUUGAACACAUAGUAGAGGCUGCCCUGCCGCAAUACUGGAGCCACAGUCCCAGCACCCCAGACUUCUUCAGUGAGCGGAGGCGUUCGUCUUCCCCCAUGGAAGAUGGCAACAGGUCCCAGGCUGAGGAGGAGGACCCUUGCGGCGGGAUGUUCGAGAGCGGUCGUUGGUUUGGCAAGAGCGCUUCAGGAAGCGUCGCUGCGCCCGUCGUGCUGGAGCAGCUGCAAUACGUGGAGAAGCUAUCAGCUGGAGACACGCUACAAGCGUCUCAGCUGCCAGCUGACAUCUUUCAGCCAGACUCCAAACUGCUGGCCACACUCGAGCCCCAGAACGCCGCAGACAAGCUCAAGCUAUUGAUAUCCGACUAUGGCUUCUCGCCCACGAGAGUUCCAGAACUCAUCAACGAGCUCCCCCCGCGCCAUCUAUCCGACCGUUUGGUCGACUACUACUUCAGCGCUAUUAACUGGACUCGCUAUCCGAUUCCUGAGCGAGACUUCCGCACGGCUUACUCGGCCAUAUGCGCUGAGGGUAUGAUGCCCAACCCUAACAACCUACGGUUUCUCCCGCUGUUAUUCGUGGUUCUCUCCAUUGCCAUCCGAUUGGCUCCUGAACAUAUUGGAGGCGACGAGCGCUCGCGCAAGCUGACGUCCUCACGAUACUAUUGGUCCUCACGCCGCGCCUUGAUCAUCACAGCGGCUAUCCAGCCGGACUGCUUCGAGAUGGUGCUGACUCGCAUGCUGAGCGCCCGGUUCCUCAUUCUCGAUCGUAGAAUGACCGAGUCUUGGAACCAACUUGGCGCUGCCGUGAGGACCGCACAGGCUCUUGGAUUGCAUCGAGACGGUGCUGACAUGGGCAUGGACCUCGUGCAAGUGGAGAAGCGCCGACGGAUAUGGUCUCAUCUGUAUCAUGCCGACCGGUCGAUAGCUCUGGUCCUUGGUAGGCCUAUAGCGAUUCAAGACGUGUACACCUCAACACAUUCCCCUUCGAAUGUCGAUGACUUCGUUACGUCAGAUUUGCGGAAGCCUCUGCCUCUCACUACUCCCACCCCGUCUACCUUCAUGAUCCUACGGCACCACCUCGCUGGUAUCAUGGGCCGCAUGUCACAUCACUUCCAGCAAGUGCGCACCGCGCACCAUUACUCUGACGUCCUCGCCUUGGACGACGAGCUGCUAAAAUUCAUGCAGACACUCCCACCUCACUACGCUAUCGAGCCCGACACCUCCCUCGAUCAGUCACAUCCAUACAUCCCUAUUCAUCGCUUCCUGCUCGUGACGGAGAUUCUCUUCGUGCGGAUCACCCUGAACCGGCCAUACCUCUUACGCCGGCUAGGCUCGGAUCGGUACUUACGCUCACGGAAAGCCUGCUUCGAGUCAGCCUUGACGGACUAUAGGAUACGCCGGGCGUUUUUGGCCACCACCACCAAGGAAGCUCGGGACCCUAUAGCCAGUGCCUAUAGGGAGUUCCAAUCGGCCAUGAUCAGCGGGAUAUACCUCGUCCUCUACCCGAGAGGGAACGACGCCGAUAGCAUGCACGCGGUCCUAGACAGCUUCCUUGAGGGCCGUGAAGGGAAAUGCAAAGAGCAGGACGAGACCACUCGGCGGGAAGUGAAUAUCAUUCAGUUCCUAAAGAGUCGGUCGACGCAGAUGGCCGAGGCGGGUGCGCACUCUCAACAGCUUGGCGACUCCCCUUCGAGCUCGAAGAAGCCGAAUAUGACCCUCAACCUUCGGGAAUACCUGCAAAAGCCCGCUGCGCAUACCACGGCUUCGUCCGUCUCUGGGCCUACUCUCUCUUCUAUCACAUCGCAUCCCAUGGGUUCACACUCACUCGCCAACCCGUUCAUGUCAUCGAGCCAUGCCACCGCGAUCCCGUCUCACAUGCAACACAUUGAAGGGGGCUCUGGCUCACAGUCUGGGACCGGUAGUCCUCCGGGAGACGUGGACUCAGAAUCUACUGCGCAAACGUUGCUCGAUCAGUGGUGUAACAUUUUCAGCGGCGGACCGACGGACGACUCAACGGGUGCUUCGGCUCGGCUGCCCUGGGGCACACCGGGGCUGACCGACCUGUCGGGGUGGCCGUUGCCUACGACGCCGAACAUGGGCACCGAGCCUCUCCCUGGUCUCGAUGGAUCAGACUGGAGCUAUUGGGAAUCGUUGGUGAACCAGAUCCGGACACUUUCCUCAUUCGACAUCGCUCGUAGGAUGGGCAAGCGAUCCAGGACCGAAACACAUCUCGCUCCGGAAAACGAGCCCCUGGCGAAGAAGUCUCGUACACAAACCCCACCCUCUCUCACAGCACCGACCAGACCAGGGUCGACGAGGAUCCUCUCAUGGAACGUCGAGACCCCUGUCCCAUUCCUCGACCUCACCCCUCGAAAGGCGGGACCCUCUACAGUGAAGCCUGCAAGUAACCUAUCUCUGCUCCGCGAUCUAAUCGCGAGACAUGAGUACCCGGAUUUUGUCUGCCUGCAAGAGGUCCGUGCCCGGCACACGGACAAAGAGUGGAUCGCGUCCCUGAAGAAUGCGCCCAAUGGGAACGACGACAGGCCACAGUACACAACGUUCACGUCGCUCAACCGCGCACCCCGGGGCAACGACACUUCGGAGUCGUCACGUACGCCAAGAACCCGACGACAUCGCUGUCGCACGAGAGGUCGAGUGGGAUGCGGAAGGACGCGUCAUGAUCUGGAGAUGAAGAGCGGCUGGGCGCUGGUGAACGUGUACGCCCUCAACGGGAGCGAGUACAUGUGGAGGGACGCGACGGGACAGAGCCCGCCGAAGACGCGCAACGAGCGGAAACGCGAGUUCAACCAGCUGCUCCUGGAGGAGUGCCGGUCGAUGCAGGUGCGGGGCCUCCGGCUCGUGCUCGUGGGCGACUUCAACAUCUCCCUCACGAAGCGCGACUGCGUCCCCCGGUUGCGCACAGAGUACCCGCACUCCCUCGCGCGGAAGGAGUUCAUGGACAACUUCAUCGCGGGCCUAGACGUCGUGGACGUGUACCGCGUCCUGCACGGGCACCGGCCGGCGUUCAGCUGGUUCGCGAAGGGCAAGCCGCAAGGGUCGGACGCUGCACGGGUAGACUACGCGCUCGUCGAGCGAUGCAUCGCUAGUCGCGUCGCAGAGUCGAUGUACCUGGAGGAUCCUCAGGAGCGCGCGCACAGCGACCAUGCGCCGUUCGUCCUCGCGUUGAAGGACAUGGACAGCCUGCCACCUCCCCCAUCACAACCUGAAUCUCCACCACAGGAAACGCAGGCUCCUCUUCCACGUGCCGAAGCUGUGCCCCAACAGCAGAAAGAACCCCCUCCACCCAUGAAUAGCUUGGCCCCGCCGCCCACGACUUCGAGUUCGGAUGAGCAGUCGCAGCCCGCUUCCGAUUCAGCCAUCGAUCCGUCCUUGGAGAUGGACCCUCAAGCGUUUGGUCUCCUAGUGGAACAGGCUGUAGCUGCGUCUACCGCUGCUCCGUCUUGA